CAGCCGAAUAUAUCCGCGUUCUUUCUUCGGGUACCGUCGACGGCGAACCACCGUACCCUCGGGCCAGGUGGGUUUAGGCGGAGGAGGUUCAUGGCCAAAGAAUGGCCCGACUCCAACGAUAAGACUCAGUUUCGCCGCAAACGCAUCGACGCGGCGUACGUGUCCGCCGCUUUCUGGCCAUCAGUGGCGUCGAAUCGACGUUUUCCAACGCAACCGGGUGACGUUUCACUCGAAACGAGCGCACGUACAGCAACGCGGAUCGUCUUGUUGUGAUACCAGCGACUACUUGUUGCCUGGUUACCGUCGCGGCCGUCUUGAUUAGUUUUUCUUCUUCUUCGCGAACAUACACGCGGAAGUUCGCGACCACGACUCGAAAUUGGGCAACCGAUGCGUUAAAUGGACCAACGAAAGUGGUUUAGAUCGAUAUAAACGUGUGUGCGCGUCCGCGGGGCCCGAAACUGGUCCGACACGCCUAAUAGUUGCUUUUCGAGCAGGCGAAUUUGCGAACAUGCACGAUGUCUUCGGAAACUCCAGGUAGCCCGGACGAUCUCAUCGACUUCCGAGUCGACUCUCCCGUACUGCCCAGAACCGCUUCCCUUUCCGACGUAACCGUCGACACCGACAACCUAAUCGAUACCGAUCUUCCGGUGUUCGAGCGCAAGCUGCAGACCGCCUCCGCUGUCGCGGAACUCCCCCGCAAGCCUCCGGUGGGCGUGGAGGACAUCCUGAUCAGCAUAGAAGACGCAGACGUGGACUGCGUCAGCGAGGAAUUCCUGAACUUGUCGCAGGACGAAGAAGCGCUGCAGGUUCUGAAGAACCUCGACGCCCUGCUAGAUGAGACUUUAACCGACGAAUGCGAUGCCCAGCGAGUCAUCGACGAGUGUCUCCAGGACUUGGACAACUACCUGCGGACCAUCGAGGACGAUUCCGACGGCGAAAGUGCCGUAGGAAGCCCGACGGUCGAGGAUUUCGAUGAAGAAGCCGAGAGAAGUAGGUUGCGGCGCAUAGAGGAGAACUACGGCAAAUUUUUGGCGUCCGGAGGCACCGAUCGUCGCAGCUGCGAUGGUGAGCUGCGCAGAACGCGGUCCUGCUGCGCAGUACGCGCCGAAACGUCUCCGUCGAGUGCACCGGGUAUGCGCGGCAGAGCGACCGUGACGGUGGUCAAAAGGGAACGCGCCCAACUGCAGAGGCGGAAGUCUUCGAGUACGACGGGCCUGGCCGGAACUUCGGGAACGCGUGGCGUCUCGCUCGACCAACUCCGCUUAGAUCGGGAACGGCUAGCCCACAACUCGAGCGACUGUUUCACCGGAACCGUAGUGGUGGAGCAGCCGCCCAGUCGCGACGGCACCACUUGGCUUCGCAGCUCGAUGAGACGGCUUGAACACCUCGAUUUCCAAGCGGAACCGGCCGCUGCCGCCCCAGAGCUGGCGGUUUCUUCCGUCAGGCCCGUUAGUGCCCCCUCCAGGUUACCUCUGAGCGUCGAACGUGCUAGAAGCAGGUCUAGGGAGUCCAGGGUGUCCGGGGAACCGACAGGGAGAGCUAGGAGCAGUUCGGCUUCCUCCAGGUCCAGACCGCCUCGUAGUUUAUCAUCCAGCGUCUCCAGUUUGGCAUCUAGCGUGGAGAGCGCGCUCAGUCAGGCUCGAGUCGAGCCGCCAGCGAGGCAAAGUGGCGAGGCGCAAGCGGGAGGCCACAGACGACCAUGUGACCGACCGAGACAAACGGACAUGCCGGAGGUCGAGAGCCCUUUGGGCCAGUGGCCUCACAGCCUCAGCUCGAUGAUGGCCUGCCUGGGCUGCACGCUCGGCCUGUUCAACAUUUCCCGCUUCGCCAUCUUGACCGUCCACUUCGGUGCCAACUUCAUCUUCCAGUUCUUCCUCUUGUCGAUGGUGUUCGGAUUGCCGCUGUUCAGCCUGCAGCUUUGUCUCGGACAACAGCUCGGAGCGGGCGUCAUAGACAUGUGGAGGAUCUCGCCGCUCUUUCAGGGGGUGGGGGUGUCGCUGCUGAUCGCGCAGGCAUUGACCGGCCUCUACAGCAUCGUCGGAGUGUCGUGGAUGUUCGUGUUUUUUCGGGACUCGUUUAUAACGCGGGUGGACAAGUACCGGUGGGCCGAGCCGUUUCUCUAUUACAGGCACGACUUGCAUCGCCUUCACAACGCCACCUACCGGCUGACCGAAACUGUGCCGGACUACUUCAACGGGAUCGUGUUGCAACGCCACCAUUUCGCUUCCGGUACCGCCUACGCUACCGUCAAGUUUCAACCGGCCUUCAACCUGGCGGUGGUCUGGAUGAUAGUGUUCGUAUCCCUGAGCAAAGGUCUAAGGUCCUACGGCAAAGUGAUCUACGCGUUCGUCCUCUUCCCGGUCUUUGGCACUUUCGUCUUGUGCGCCAAAAUCCUGGGCCUGAUGCCCCCCGAAUUGGUCAACGUCAUCUUUCCCGAAACGUCUUGGACCGAGUUUUUUCUCAACCCUAAGAGCUGGUUGGCAGCGGCGCAAGAGACCUUCCUCACUUGGGGGCUUCUCGGAGCCGCCGUCAUGCAAGUAGCGUCGCACAACAAGCACAAACACCUGCUCCAACGUGACUGCAGCCUCGUCGCCGUGAUUACGUUCACGGUGCUCUUGUUGGUCGCCUUUUUGGCCAACACUUGCGUCCAGAUACUCAAAUCCUACGGCUACAGUUACUUUCCCAGCUCGUUCGAGCACAUGUCUUCCUCCGUGUUUCUGCGAUCAGCGAGGGACCCCCUUCCUCCCAGCUUGGCCAACACCCCCGUCAGAUACAUGAUACACAAUUCUUUCAUCCUGGGCGAAAGGGUCAUCAGACCGGGAGUGGACUACAGCACCGAGAGUGGAUAUCAGGCGCUGAGAUUAGCGACAGAACUGUUACCCGCCACCUUCGCUGUGAUGGGGGCGGAACAAGUGUCGCCAUUUUGGGCGGUACUCUUCUACUUCAUCCUCAUCAUGUUCGGCGUGUCGCAGCAGCUGGCCAUCUGGCACUGCGUCAUCACCGGCAUCAUGGCCAUCAGGUCCAAGGUGCUCAAAUCCUGGGAGACUACCAUCACCUUCUUCAGCUGUACCUGCGGCUUUAUCCUGGGUCUUCCAAUGGCGACGGAGGUGGGCAUCUACGUGGUAUAUUUCAUGGACUACGUGAUGGGCGGCAUAUGGUGGAUGACCAUCAUAGUCCUGCUUCAAAUAGUAGCCGUGUUCGUCGUCAGGGGGCGCCCUUACAGCGGCGACACCGUGGUUACGGCUCUCUUCGGUCCGACCAGCGCGUGUUUGGUCAGUUGGGCGCCGCCAUUGCUGUCGUUUACGUGGAACGUUAUCUUGCCGGUAGUUCUCAUGGUACUGUGCAUCUCGACGUUUAGGAACGGCUACUUCAGGGACAUGUUCGUGUGGCAUCACGCGCCGGUAGCCGAAUACUGGCCGUUGUGGUCCAGGCAGAUGGGCUCCAUGAUGCAACUGCUGCCCGUACUGUGCGUCCCUUUGGUGGCGGUCGUUCAAAGCUAUCGCUAUUUGAACAGCGGCCCCUCCGAUAUUCUAGACGAUCAGUGCGCGGAACCCUCCAUCCACCGGAUCCAGCUGCUGUACCGCCCGCCUAUAGGCGAGCACAUGGAAGAACCGCCCCCUUCAAACCCUUCCGAUUCUUCCGCGACCUCGCCUAACCCCUCGAACGUGAUCGCGGAGGACCCCCCGCCCAAAUACACCCCCCCGCCGAGCUACACCACCGCCACCGGCGCACGUCUUGCGAAGUUCCUGCGGCAGAGCAUCAGGAGGAGCGUCAGACGCAUAGCAACCAUUUUGGGAGAGUCUAGCGGCCAUAGGCAACCGGUAUCGCAACCUCCGCCUCCCGACUACAACACGGUGUUGGUCGAAAUGGCGUCCACCACGACCAGUGACACCUCGCUGACGGUGUCGGACAGUCCUGCGAGGGUGUCCACCUUGGAAAGGCUCAGAGGUCUGGAGUCGACUUCCAACGCCCUGACCGCCGCCGAGGUCGCCAGCAUAUUGAGGAGCAGCUUCAGGAGGAGCAAGAUCGUUAAAACCCAAGGCAGAGGUAGCGACGUUGCCGCCUCUUUGAGCGACGAGCGCUUGGUGGACGCCGCCGCCCCCAUGGCGGUCACGUCGCUCGUCUUGGAGGGGAAACGCGACGAUAACCCCCCGUCUGUGAUAUAAAGUGCAUUUUUCUUAUCGCGUUCCGUCGCACGUUUUUUAGGUUAGGUUUGUACGCUUUACCGUGUAAAGUCGACCCUAAUAUAUAAUUUAUUUUCG